AUGUUUGACAUUGACUGGAAGGGCCUCGCCCUUCCAUUCGCCUACCUCCUCGUUCUCGGCGGCGCUCUCAUGACAUUUUCUACUAUCUAUCGCCGACGGAAGAUUGCUGAAAGCGCAAACCUCGCACCCUGGUUCGGCCCUCACCUCCAACGAGACAUCUAUCUUUCCCUCUUGCAUCUUGAUCCCGAAGACGGCGGCGAAAAGUCCCCCAAGGUCCCUGAUGGAGUUCUGCGAGCAGCCCUACUCCGACGCGCAGUUGAGGAUAUCGAGCGCCUGAUCCACAUCAAGACUGCCAAGCAAGCAUGUGGCUCGCUUCUGCAGAGGGGAAGUGUGGGUGAUGAUCUGUGGCAGCGAUUCUUGCGCGCCGAGAAGGAGAUGGAAGAGGAGCUUAGAGAUGUUGUUACUGAGGCCAAUGCCCUGGCACCUAAUUGGGGCACCAUUAUCUUUCAGUCCGCCCACGAGAUUGCCGCAAACACAAAGCUUCGCCAGCGCCUAGACGAGAUCCAAGCCCAGACUGAUGCCGAGAAGGCUUGGUGGGACAAGAAGAGGGGACAGAUCCAGGCAGACUUCAUGAAGGAACUUGAAGAGUCUGAGAAGGGCUCAACAAAGGACGGAAAUGAGGAUGACGCCGUGGUAGUUGACUCACCAAAGAAGGGUGGCAAGAAAUGA